AGUCCAAGCUGAGGUGCCCCAUGACUUCACAGGCUCCUUCUGCUGUCUUUUAAGCUCUGCUGCUCAGGCUGACAGAACAUUUGGGUUCGGUUCUCACAGCGAGAGAGAAGCUGCCCACUGUGAGAGACAGGAAGCGAGUGCAGAAUAUUACGGUGAACGAUGCAAGCUCACGAGUUGCUGAGGCAGCUGCGCGUCCCGGAGCUGGGAGAGCUGAGGCAGUAUGUCCGCAGCCUGCCGACAAACACCCUGAUGGGCUUCGGGGCCUUCGCUGCCGUCACCACGUACUGGUAUGCCACGCGCCCCAGAGCCCUGAAGCCGCCCUGCGACCUGUCCCUGCAGUCUGUGGAAAUAGAGGGCGGUGAAUAUGCCCGAAGAUCAGUGCUGAGUGACAGUGGGAAGCUCAUGUCCUUCUUCUACAGUGAAGCCAAGACCAUGUAUGAGAUCUUUCAGAGGGGCGUCCGUGUAUCAAAUAAUGGCCCCUGCCUGGGAUCGAGAAAACCCAACCAGCCGUACGAGUGGCUGUCCUACCAGGAGGUAGCGGACAGAGCAGAAUGGCUUGGGUCUGGGUUACUCCACAGGGGUCUGUCGCCUACACCUGACCAGUUCAUCGGAAUAUUUGCACAGAACAGACCAGAGUGGCUGAUAGCUGAGCUGGCGUGUUACACUUACUCGAUGGUGUCGGUGCCCCUGUACGACACUCUGGGAACUGAAGCCAUAAAAUACAUCAUUGAGAAAGCGACUAUCUCCACGGUGAUUUGCGACGUUGCCGACAAAGCCAGGCUCCUUCUCGACUGUGUCUCUGGGGCCGAACACCCUUUGAAAACCGUCAUCCUCAUGGAGGCCUUCGACGCGGAGCUGGUGGCACGAGGCCGGCAGUGUGGGGUGGAGAUCCUCAGUCUGAAGGACGUGGAGGCUCUUGGACGGGCAAACCUGAAGAAGCCAGUGCCCCCGAAGCCCGAUGACUUGGCGGUCAUUUGCUUCACCAGCGGAACCACGGGAAACCCCAAGGGUGCAAUGCUUACCCAUGAAAAUAUUGUGUCCAAUUGUUCUGCAUUUACUAAAGUAACUGAGAGCACCUUCUUCCCCUGUCCUGACGAUGUCCUUAUCUCCUUCCUGCCUCUGGCGCACAUGUUUGAGAGGGUGGUGGAGGCUGUGAUCUUGUGUCAUGGAGCCCGGAUAGGAUUCUUCCAGGGUGACAUCAGGCUCCUCAUGGACGACCUCAAGACCUUGCGCCCCACUUUGUUCCCUGUAGUACCUCGUCUGCUCAACCGGAUGUUUGACAGGAUUUUCGGCCAGGCCAAUACUCCUGUGAAGCGAUGGCUACUGGAGUUUGCCUCCAAGAGGAAGGAAGCGGAGCUCAGGAGUGGCAUUGUGAGGAAUGACAGCAUGUGGGACAAGCUCAUUUUCAGCAAAGUGCAGGUGGGGCCCGUGGUGGGGGUGCAACUGCUUGUGCUGCAAACGGGAGUCAUGAACAGGAAAGUUGCUCACCGUGUCCCGCCUGCCUGUUCUCUCUCUCCCUGGCAGUUCUACGAGGGCUAUGGCCAGACGGAGUGCACAGCGGGCAUCACUCUGUCCAUGCCAGGGGACUGGACCGCAGGACACGUUGGAGCCCCGCUGCCCUGCAAUGUCGUAAAGCUGGUGGAUGUGCCAGAAAUGAAUUAUUUUGCUGUCAACGGAGAGGGCGAGGUGAGCGUGAGGGUGCUGUAUUUCUAUGUCCGUGACCCUGGGGACAGGAGUCUGCCCCUCGUCGGACUGGCACUGUGGCGCGGCGCGAAUGUGCUUGUUUUCGCUUUGCAGAAUGGCACGCUGAAGAUCAUCGACAGGAAGAAGCACAUCUUCAAGCUGGCUCAAGGCGAGUACAUCGCGCCAGAAAAGGUGGAGAACAUCUACAACCGCAGCGAGCCGGUGGCUCAGGUGUUCGUUCAUGGAGACAGCCUGCAGGCGUGUCUGGUGGCGAUUGUAGUGCCUGAUCCCGACGUAUUGCCAAGCUGGGCCAGAAAGAGAGGGGUCGAAGGGUCGUAUGCGGAUCUCUGCAAAAGCAAGGAGGUGAAGGGUGCAAUCCUGGAAGAUAUGGUGAAGCGUGGGAAAGAGGCGGGGCUGAAGUCUUUUGAGCAGGUGAGAGACAUAGCCCUGCACCCAGAGAUGUUUUCUGUCCAGAAUGGCUUGCUCACCCCAACCUUGAAAGCAAAGAGAAUGGAUCUGAGGAGCCAUUUCAGGGAACAGAUAGAAGAAAUGUAUGCCAGGAUCAAAAUGUAACCAGGAGGGAGCUCAAGGGAAAGACCCGGCAGGCAAUUGGGAGCUGGGGGGGAAAUGCCUUCAUACUGAUCUUCAAGCUGUCAGGAAAAUUUAACAAGCAAACCAGGCCUGGGUGUUCUUGCAACAUUAAGCCUGUCUGUGGAACUGGAUGUGUACGACAUAGGAAUUAAUGAACUACAGGACUGCAAAAAAAAAGGAAAAGCUGCCUUAUUGCUUUAACGUUAAUACCGUUUACCAUCUGCUUCUUUAAUCAAUGCCUUACUCCUUCAGUCAUGUUGUAGAAGAGCCCUACUAGGUCUGUUCUGUUACACAGUCGCGCAUCAGUGAGUUACCAUGACGGAUUCCCUUUUAUUGCUGUUUUUAAAGACUAUCUCGUUCUUAGACAAAACAUGUCUCCUAGGCACUGUGUUCUGUGACGUAAGAAUAAUUUGUGAAGUCCCAUCAUUGCACGAAGGGAUAUGCUUCUGAGGAAUGUGAAAUACUGC